GGAAGGGCUGAGAGAGCACCAAGAGGGUUAAUCAGCACCUUAGAGAGACAGAGUAUAACUCAGAGAUGACAUGCUGGCGGAUGUUUUGUCAGAUUAUUGAGCAAGGUGGGGUUUUCCUUGCACACUCCGAAGGCAGGCAGUACAUAUAAAGCCAGAAUGGUUUCUUAAAUGCUUGAGAUCGCAGGCACUCUUCCAGUAUUGGGAGCUGUUACAAUGUCUACUUCCAUCAUGAAUGAGACAGAUUCCAAUUUUUCCUGCUAUGACCCCUCCAUCGUGGAGUAUCGCUAUUUUGGUGUGACAUGGGGAAUUAUGGUGUCUCUGGUGGGGACUAUUGGAAAUGUGCUGACAGUGCUUGCGUAUGCUCUGGAUAAAAAGCUCCAGACCCGGUUCAAUCUGCUGAUAAUAAACCUGUCUUUAGCUGAUAUCCUCUAUUGCACAUUCCUGCAACCCUUCUCAGUAGAUUCCUACCUCCACCUGUACUGGAGAAGUGGCACCACCUUCUGCCGGGUAUUUGGAAUGCUGCUGUUUGUCUCCAACUCGGUGUCCAUCCUGAACCUGUGCCUCAUUGCUGUCAGCCGUUAUAUUCUUAUUGCCAACAACAAGCUUUUUGAUCGGAUCUUCUGUAGACUGGGAGUAUCACUUAUCCUUCUAGGUACCUGGGUAGUGGGCUUUUCUAGCUUUGCCCCACUUUGGCAUGUCUUUGUUUUAGUUCCAAAAGUGUGUACCUGCAGUUUCCAUCGUAUAAAAGGAAGGCCAUACACAACCAUCUUAAUGGCAUUUUACUUCGUUAUUGGUCUUAGCUGUGUUGGGAUCUUCUACUUCCUGAUUCACCGUAAAGUAAAAUCAGCUGCCCAGGCUCUGGACCAGUACAAACUCAAAACCAAAAACACAACAAAGGAUCACGUUGCUGGCCUUAACUCAACUGAUGUGGGGAAAUAUCAAGAAAUGGACAGUGGCGUGGAUACAGCAGUCUCCAGUGAGGUUAUUUCAGAACACCUUCCAUCUAACAAGAGUACUUCCCAAAAUGCUGUUACCUCUCAUUCCACCGAUCAUGAAAAACUAGAGAGAAGAGCAUUGCCCCAAUCCAAGGACUCAGGCUCUGAUUUCAAAAAGGUCACCCGAAUGUGCUUUGUGGUCUUUAUUUUCUUUGUUGUUUCCUACAUUCCUUUCUUAUUACUCAAUAUUUUUGAUGCCAAAAACAGAGCGCCCCAAAUGCUUCAUAUGAUAGCCGCGAACCUUACCUGGCUGAACAGUUGCAUUAAUCCUAUACUUUAUGCAGCAAUGAACCGACAAUUUCGUGAUGCUUAUAAGAGGGUUGUCACUCUGGCCAUCAGCAAAAUAAGGAGGCACUAAAAGAGACUUUACGUGGCUUGACUUUCUGUUUUUAGAGAGGUUAUUGAGCUGGUUGUAGUUGAGGAUCUCUAGCUCGCUUUAAUUAUCUCUCAACUCUACCUCUUCAAAGUAGCUUCAAGCCAGUGACUGAAGGGCUGGUUUAAGGGCAGCUCAUAGAGCAUUUGUAUUAGGGAUGCACUGAAUCCACUAUUUUGGAUUUGGCCAAACCCCCGAAUCCUUCACAAAAGAUUUGGC